UUGACUCUCUCUCUUGGUCUCAGUUUUAUGACCUCAGUUCACCAGCUGAUUCCUCUGGUAGUGCUCCAGGAUGUCGAAUGACGGACAAUAGUUGUGUGAACAUGGGCUUUCCUUCCUGUGGGACCCGGGGCCGCUGCCAUGGAGAGUGGGGUUCCUUCAGCUGUCAGUGCACACCUGGGUACAGCGGGCAUCAGUGUGAAAAGGAGGUCCCUGAGUAUUCUUUUGAUGGAAGGAGUCACAUACACUUUCAGCUGGCCUUCACUCUCCCAGCCAGACACACACAGGUUCAGGUCCUGGUCCGGACACGCAAACACAGUAGCUGUAUCCUCAGCCUGCUGUCCAAAGAACAGAAUGAAUAUCUCAAACUGGAGAUCUAUCAGGGUCUGUUAAGUGUCUUCUACAACCUCGGUGAUGGGGACUUCAACUUGACAUUGCCCUCUUAUCGUUUAGACAACGGAGAAUGGCAUGACAUUGACUUAGAUCGUCAUGACAAUGAGAUGACUCUGCGUCUGGACGGCGGGGGAGGACGGCGCGAGGUAACGGGAUCGCCGGGUCGCAGUCGGGAGAUAGUUAUUGAUCCUGCUGUGGUGAUGCUGGGCAACUCAUUCCCCUCAGGACACAACAAGAGCUUCCAAGGCUGUAUGCGGGACUUGAGACUCAAUGGGCGGUUUAUUCCUCUGGACGGUCAGGCUAGAGAGGGAGUGUCAGUGGUCAGUUCUCAAGGUGUCUCUCUGGGUUGUUCCUCUGACUCCUGCCGUAAAAACCAGUGUAGCCCCCCAUUUACCUGUGUGGACCUGUGGAGAAUCCAUGAAUGCAGGUGUCCCCCAGGUCACAUGGUCAAGGCAAACUCCACCGGCAAAUUUUGCGUGUACACGCUCUGUGCCAGCCGCCCGUGUCAUAAGGGUACUUGUGUGGCACAGUCUCCCUCUAAAUUCACCUGCCAUUGUCCAGAGGGCUACCGUGGGCCGCACUGCGAGGUGACACUGGCCAUCUACAGAGACGACGUGGGUCUCAGUUUCAGCUCCCUCUUUGCCAUAUGCAUCUGCUUUAUGGCCCUACUAGUGCUGCUGUUGGGGAUUUUCCUCUACACACGCUGGCGGAGCUAUAAGGGGCUGAAGGAGGGGGUGUAUCACGUGUCUGCACACCAUGACGGAUGGGAAGACAUCCGAGAAAAUGUGCUCAACUAUGACGAGGAGGGCGGAGGGGAGGAGGAUCAGAAUGCCUAUGACAUGGCAGAGCUCCAGAAGUCCCUGCAGCCCAGCCCGGCCCAGUCGGUGCAGUACAGCCGAUCGCUAGCCAUUCACCACCACCCUCCCUCCCAGCAGAAACAGCAACACUUUUGCCAACCUGAACCCCUCUCCAGAGUGGGUACGGCCACCACCACCACCUCCUCAGGAACCGCCACCAUUCGUAGGGAUGUACCCCCCUGCCGCUCUCCGGCUCAAGGCCAGACUGCAAAUCCCAGCCGAGCGGCCCAGCUGGCCCGCAAGAGCUUGUCGUUCUCCAGCCAGGACCUGGCACGCUACCUGUGUGAAAUUAUCCGUGAUGCCGACCAGCACCCGGAGACGGCACCCUUCGACUCCCUCCAGGUCUUCUCCACGGAGGGGGGCGGCUCGCUAGCCGGGUCACUGAGUUCCUUCAGCUCCGUUGGGCUGGAAGAGGGAACGGCGGCAGGUCACGAGUGUUUGAAAGAGUGGGGGCCGCGCUUUGAGAAGCUGAAAGCCCUCUAUGAGCGGGCCGAGGGCAGCGACCUCUAAAGUACUGCCAGUAAGUUCCUGCAGUGCAAGGAGAGGAGGGAGACCACUAAAGACUCGUCUGCAAACCUGAGGGAUUUUUAUAAUGCCUACAAUUCCUACACAUUGGCUUUAUCUGGCGAGUGACAUUUGGGACUCUCAAUGAGCAGCAAAUGGGAAGUGUUAAUCCAGGAAACGGCAAGCUGUGGUCAUGACAAACGGGCAUCUUUAUCAUGGUGACUUGCGGAUGACAAUGAUUUUAGUGGAACCAUUUGUUGUCUUUGUGACCGACAAUAGUGGAGGGCUUAGAACGUGUUUUAUAUGUUGGUAUGGUCUAUAUGUUCUUAAAUAAAAGUAAUACAGGAAAAAAUAAACUGCCAUGCUCAGAUGCGACUAGAAGGGGGUUUGUCCUUCUCUUUUUACGGGCCACUUUCUGAAAUCAGUUCGCUGCAUGUACUGUCAGGGUGGCCACUUGUGUUCAUCAAUCAUAACUUCAUACUUGGAUACUGUUGAUUUUUUUUCUAUUUGCUCAGCCCUCCACUUAGAUUCUAUUCACUCAAGGAUGAAAGAGGAUGUCUGCGGGGAAAAAAAGACCAAUAAAAACUGAAGAUGUGUGAAAAACGCUGAGGAAAAUGAAACUGAAAGCAGCCUUAUUGUUUGGCAUUUUAGGAGACAUUCCUUGGGAAUACAAAUUAUGUCCUCUCUUUCUCUCCAAAAAGGAGUGAAGGAACAGCGGGAAUACAAAUGUGGCUGGCAUGAAACGGAAAAUUUCUGUAGCUGAAAACUAUCGAAAACUCUCUUGACUCUCACGCUCUGCUAAGCGAUAGCAAUCAGAGUCUGCCAAACUAAAGGAUAGCCAUUAAGACAAAUGAAAAAUGUGUGUUGUUCCAUGUGAUCAACUCAAACGUGAUAUCGAGCUUCACUGAAGGAGCUUUCAGCACUGGAAUGAGCUUACAGUCCAGUUUGCCUCCUCCCGACAAUAUUGUAUUAUUAACCAAACCAGCUUACCCGUCAGCAUCAUCAUUUCCUGUUCUACUAUAAAUAAGUUCUUGUACUCCAUCACAUUAUUCGGCACUGCAGUGAACCAAAUGGACCUCAGCACCAGGUGCAUUCAGGAAGCGCUUUCAGACCCUGAGCACCUCCCGUGUAACAUGUUUAAUGGGCUUGUGAACGCAUGUGGUGAGGCUGCAUUGGGAGAAGGAAAAGCAAGGCAAGCUUUGGAAUAACUAAAAGUCUCCCCCCGUGAGGCCUCAAAGGCCAACCUUGUAUUUUAUGCAUUUUAAGGCAAUGUUUUUUGCCCUUCUUUCAUCAUUUCGGUUAUUUAUUCAUAUUUUUUUCUGGAGAAUGUUGUAUGUGGAGCAUGACAGGCUGGCUGAGGAGAGUGCAGCGAGUAGGAGUGCGUUAAAAGACAUCAGAGUGCUAAUCCUAAUGUGAACUGAUCGCUCACUGUCAUGCUGUGAACCAAAGGAUCAGGGGAGAUGGGAAACUCGAUGGAGAAAUCAUCACUCUUAUUACAGAUCUUAAAAAGUGCCAAUAUUUCCGAAGGCAGCAACAAGAGUAUAUAUAUAUAAAAAAAGGUUUUCAAGCUGAAGCUAUGAAAUAUAGCUGGGAGUGCAAUGCUUGUUAUUUCACAGAGUUAAAAAGAUGACAACAGGAUUGGCACUUGGAGUCAUCCUUGUAAGGGGAUUGGGAAGGAUCCAUUGUGAGGUGAGAGUAUUCAUGAAUGAAGCAUGAUGGGCUCUGUCUUUGAAUCACAGAAAUCCUUAUCUAAAGAACCAAUUCCUCUUUGACUUUAAACCAAGGCCACCUGUUUAUUUGUGUGGUGAAUAUAUACAGUACUCUAUUUUGUGAAAAUGUUUUUACCUCAUUUGUGCAUAUCAAAACAGAAGUAAUUGCUUUUUUAAAAUAUAUAAAGGGAUCUAAUUCUGUUUAAAGCCUUUUUUUCAUGUAUCUUUCUUUAAGUUGGUAAAAGUAUCUUGACAUUUUGUAUUUGCAUCCUUUGAAUUUAUUUAUUUUUUUCUAAAUAAAUGGAGUUCUUCUGUUACGGCUUGAUUAUAUAUUAAAUACUGCUAAAUUCAAAUGAAACAGCAGGGUUUUAAGUCUCUU